CUCCCGCUUGCUGACAGCGAAGCUUCUCCUGGAGGGAAGCGGGUCGGUUGGUGGUUCGGGAACGAGGCUGGCGCUGCCAGGCCCGCGCCUAGCCGUUGCCAUGGCAGCCACCGGCGGAGGCGCGGACGACGAGUCGCGAUCCGGCCGCUCGAGCUCCGACGGCGAGUGCGCGGUGGCGCCGGAGCCGCUGGCGGAAGCGGGAGGCCUGUUCUCCUUCGCGGACCUCGGCGCUGCGCUGGGCGGCGGCGCGGGCCUCCCGGGCCGGGCGGCCGGCAGGGCCCAGUCCCCGCUGCGCUACCUCCAGGUCCUGUGGCAGCAGGACACCGAGCCCCGCGACGAACUGUGCUGCAAGAUCCCCGCCGGGCGGCUGAGGCGCGCUGCCAGACCCCACCGUCGGCUCGGGCCCACUGGCAAGGAGGUACACGCUCUGAAGAGGCUGAGAGACUCAGCCAAUGCCAAUGAUGUAGAAACAGUGCAGCAGCUGCUGGAAGAUGGCACAGAUCCCUGUGCAGCUGACGACAAAGGCCGAACUGCCCUCCAUUUUGCCUCCUGCAACGGCAAUGACCAGAUUGUGCAGCUACUCCUGGACCAUGGGGCCGACCCCAACCAGCAGGAUGGUCUGGGCAACACUCCAUUGCACCUGGCUGCCUGUACCAACCACGUGCCUGUUAUAACCACGCUGCUUCGAGGAGGGGCCCGUGUGGAUGCCCUGGACAGAGCUGGCCGCACACCUCUCCACCUGGCCAAGUCGAAGCUGAACAUUCUACAGGAGGGCCAUUCCCAGUGCCUGGAGGCCGUGCGGCUGGAAGUGAAGCAGAUCAUUCACAUGCUGCGGGAGUACCUGGAGCGCCUGGGCCGGCACGAACAGCGGGAACGGCUGGAUGACCUCUGUACCCGCCUCCAGAUGACCAGUACCAAAGAACAGGUGGAUGAGGUGACGGACCUCUUGGCCAGCUUCACCUCCCUCAGUCUGCAGAUGCAGAGCAUGGAGAAGAGGUAGCAAGGGAGGCCCCUCCUUGCUAUGCCACCGUCCUCCUGCCCUCCGUUCUCGGUACAGGGAAAGCCCAGGGGGCCCCGGAGUUCCGCCUGCCCUUGCCCUUAGAUGCUGAGGGCAGAGCUGCUCUCAGAAAGUCUGCAUCAUCUCUCUGGGCCAGCGCCACAGCCCCAGCUCUUGCUGCACAAUGCCAGCCCCUGUAGCCACAUUCCAGGCCCACACGUGCUGUCCCAGGAGACACCACUCCUCCCGUGGCUUCCCUCUGCACUCCGAAAGCCCCAGAGCCCUGUCUCUUCCCACUGGGGAAUUCUUACCAUCAUCUGGCUUUGGGUAGGCACUCUGAGGCCACCCAGGCUGCUGUGGGUCUCUUAAGCUGGUCUUGCCCCUCCCACCAGCAUUUAAGUUGAGCCCUGCACCCGACUUUCAAGGAGACAUUGCACUGCAUGGGUGUCUCUGAGCAGAAGAGGGACAUUGCUGAUGCCUGGGCCUUCAUAAGGUUAGGAAGGACCCUGCUUAGCCCAAAGAACCAUCUCCAGCUCCUCCCCUCCCAGUCACUGAAACACUACAAACGGAAUCCGUUUUGCAGCCUAGUUGUCAGAGGUAGAUAGUGGUUCAUGUGCCCGGGUCCUCUUGCCAGGAACCUCUAGGCCUUAGGUGGUGUGACAAGAGGCUGUACAGAUAAAUAGCUGGAGGUCUUCAGGGGAAAGGGUCCUAGGUCAUCUCGGUGGGCUGGGAUUCGUCCCAGGGAGCCCUGUGGGAGGGAAGCAGGAGGUGACUGCUGCCAUGUGGUUGUGAGAAGUCGAAGAAGCCAGGAGCUGGAGAACAGCACAUGGAUUCUCUCUGAACCUCCAGCAGGGACGGGUUCUGCUGACACCUGGACUUAAGCUCAGUGGGACAUGUUUUGGUUUCUAGCCUCUGAAACGUGAGAAUAAACCUGCUGUUUGAACUGUU